CAGAUCUUUCUCCCUUCGUGGGCUCCUGCAGCUUAUGAUUUUUCUGUGAAGGCAAGCGAAAAUACGGGGAAUGAUCGAUCCAACGGUCUUGGUCCAAGACCACAUUUCUUUUAUUGAUUAAUUGUUCCCAUCGUAGGAGUCAUGGUCGCCAGCUGACCCCACCUUCUCCCAUCCGUCGCCGGAGCACCAAACCGUUGCGACGCAAGCUACAGACCUCCGGCUGAAGUUCCCCACGUCAUCUGUCUAUAUACAUAAUAGAGAGAGAAGAAAAGUUUUAAAGGGGGAUGGAUGGGCGAAAGGGACAAAAAGGUAAACUUUUUGUCCUUUCCGGGCUCAUGGCCGCCGUUCUACUCGUCGGAAUCCCCUCUUGCUCAGCUGACGUCUUCGGCGGGACGAGAGCAGCCACUUCGCCCAGAAAGCCGAGGGCUUUGCCUUUGAGCUCCUUUUCUGUACCGGCGUCCUCCUCAGCGUCGACAAGCAAGAGCAUCGGCGGCAAGCGCAGACAAUCUUCCUUCUCUUCCGUCGUUUUUCGGGUGCAAGGCAACGUGUACCCCCUCGGGAUCUACUAUGUGUCCAUCAACAUCGGUAAUCCGCCCAAGCCCUACUUCCUCGAUGUCGACACUGGGAGCGAUGUUACCUGGCUCCAAUGCGAUGCACCUUGCAGCAGCUGCUCCAAGAGCCCGCAUCCGCUUUACCGGCCGGUGAAGAACCGGCUGGUGCCGUGCAACGACAGGCUUUGUCAGGCUGUGCACGAAUCGACGCAGCACGAGGGCGGAUGUGAGAUGCCCCAUGAUCAGUGCGAUUACGACAUCGAGUACCAGGACAACGGCUCCUCCAUCGGCGUCCUGGUUACAGACACUUUCGCCCUCCCGCUCAGUAACAAAACCCUUGCCUAUCCCAGCCUGGCCUUCGGCUGCGGCUACGACCAGCACGGGUGGCCCUCGAACACCGACGGCGUGCUGGGGCUCGGCAGUGGCGAGAUCGGCAUCCUUUCGCAGCUCCGUGACCUAGGCGUCUGCCGAAGUGUUGUAGGGCACUGCCUUAGCAGGAAUUCCCAAAGUUUCCUCUUCAUCGGCGACAAUGUCGUUCCUCCCCGUGGCAUGACUUGGGUGCCUAUGUCCAGCGUCGCAGCCAAAUAUUACUCGCCGGGGUUGGCCACCGUAUUCGCCGGCAAGCAGAAGUUGGCGGACAAGCAAACCUUGGUCUUCGAUAGCGGCAGCUCCUACACCUACUUCUCCAAGCAGAUGUAUCAAUCCUUACUAUCCUUGAUUAGGAGUGAUAUCUCCAAAACGUCGCUAAAAGAGGCACCUGAAGAGAAGGCGCUUCCUCUGUGCUGGAAGGAUGCGAAGCCGUUCAGUUCCGUUCUCGAGCUCCGUAAAUACUUCCGAUCUAUUAUCCUCAGCUUCGGGAAAGGUAAGGCAAUGGCUCAAAUGGUGAUUCCCCCUGAAAAUUAUUUCAUUGUCACGGAAAAAGGUAGAGCUUGCUUGGGCAUCCUCAAUGGCAGUGAUUUAGGCCUCGAGGAUUUGAACCUUAUUGGAGACAUAUCGAUGCAGGAUACGAUGAUUGUUUACGAUAACGAGAAUAAGCGGAUUGGAUGGGCUGCUGCUGGCUGCGACAGGCUCAUCAUUGCUGAAGAGGACGAAGUUGGCUUCCAGUUCCAGGAAGGUAUUCUUUAUCAGCUCCAGUUUCCGGGAAUAGGUGUUCACCAAGAGUACUUGGCUUAUUGAUUAGAGGCAGCUCCAGGGUAGUUGUUAUUAGUGAAAUGGAGCUUGAUUACCAUCAUUUGUUUCAAUUCCCAUACAUAAGUUAGAACUAUUACCAAAAUUCUUUUUUACUAAAUACAGCAGCAGUCUUUUAUAGGUAAA